AUGCUGCUUUUCAGUGCAGAUGAUGCACAGAAGGAGGGAUUUGCAUUUGUGCAGGUGAUGCGACGCCUCGGAGUGGACCCGAACACUCGUUCUCAGGUGUACAACUUCCCGGUGGGCGCAGAUGAGCACGCCGGUGCAGGGCAGGGCAAGGGAGGGGUGCUGUUUGACGAGACGUGCUCGCACAAGCAAGACUUCACGCCGCACGGGGCGGCCACGCAUCAGAUGAUGCGGCUGGAGGAUGUGUUUGGGACGAACGACGCGUUUGCUCUCAACCGCUCGCACCUCUUUGUGCGAAACGGAUGCGCGCACUUUUCGGGAACGGCACUCAAGUACAACGCAGGGCAUGCAAUGCACGAGCUGCCAACGGGUGUGUUUAACUGGGCGGUGCAUGCUGGCAACUACUUCUACCACUUCCUCGUAAAGCCCGUGCCCAUCUUCCUUGCCGCCGCACCUCUCAUGACCUCCACACUGCACCACCUGCCUUUGCUAGCCAGGGACGUCCAGUCCGUGCCCUCUUCUCAUGAGCACGCCUGUACAUAG